AUGAGUAAGGUGGUAGAUCUGGAUAUUUUUGCCAUUAAACUUCUGAAUAGAGCCAAGAAGACUUUUAGANUCCACAAGCACAGGGACAUUGCUGGUGGAAAGAGGAAAACCACAGAGCACUUCACAGGUGCUGGUCUUCUGGACUAUGAGGAUGGUAGAGUUGACAGUUCCGGAAAAAUCACAUUAUCUCCUGUGGUUAUACUUCCAGGUUACAUGGAUGGAGAACUUGCAAAAAUAUCAGUUACCAAAGACCCGGUUCUAAAAAAUAGAGGCACUACAAAGUCUAAGAUUGGCCAAGAAGAAGACAAGGAAGCACUGAAGAAGGAAAUAUUAUUCACAGAUUCUGAUGAGUCCUUCACAUCAAUGUGCAAAACUGAGUCCAAAAGCAAAGCAAAAGGCAUUGCGUUGGAGAAAGACAAGAUAAGAACAGAGGUCAAGGUUAAGGAGAGUGACACCGGAAUACUGAAAACACAGGAAGCCCAAGAGAAGGAGAGGGACAUGGGGAUGCCAAAAAGACAGGGAGCCCAAAUUAGGAAGAGUAAAGUUGGGAUACCGCAAGGCCGGGGAGCCCAAGUGAGGAAGAGUGAGGCCGAGAUACCGCAAGGCGGGGAAGCCCAAGUGAGGAAGAGUGAGGCCGAGAUACCGCAAGGCCGGGAAGCCCAAGUGAAAAAUGAGAGUUCUGAAGAUGAAGGAAAGCAGAGCAAAGAAAAGGGAGAUGCUGAAAGGAACAUAGAUACAAAACAAAAUGAUGCCAAAAACAAGAAAGCUCUCUCUGGUCCAUCUAUAGAAACUACCCUGUAUUUUCGACAUAACUUCAAACUUGCAGUAAAAAUAUUUUCAUUCCUACUAGGUCAUUGA